AUGGCAUUCACCAGUGAUGAAAUGCAGCAAACUGAGAAGCCUCAGACCAUCCGGCAAACUCUUCAAAAGACACUGCAGUAUUUUGAGCAUCAGGUUAUUGGUUACAGGGAUGCAGAGAAGAAUUUUCACAAUAUAUCAAACAGAUGCUCCUAUACAGACUGCUCUGGCAAUGAAGAAACUGAAGAUGUCUCAGGAAUUCUCCAGUGUACGGCUAAUGUACUUGGUCUGAAGUUUGAGGAAAUGCAAGAAAAGUUUGGGGAGGAAUUCUUCAAUAUUUGCUUUGAUGAGAAUGAAAGAGUUCUUCGAGCUGUAGGUGGGACCCUUCAAGACUUCUUCAAUGGCUUUGAUGCUUUGCUGGAGCAUAUUAGAACUUCAUUUGGAAGACAGGCCACCCUGGAAUCCCCUUCUUUCCUAUGCAAAGAACUCCCUGAUGGCAAUCUCAUGCUUCAUUACUUUCACCCACAUCAGAUUGUGGGAUUUGCAAUGACGGGAAUGAUAAAAGCAGCAGCAAAGAAGAUUUAUCGCUUGGAAGUGGAAGUAGAGCAGGUCACAAAUGAUAAAUUGUGUUCAGAGGAGACCAACCCAGGUAACUGCAGUUGUCUGACUUUCCUUAUCAAAGAACAUGAAAAUGCAAAUAUAACAAAAACACUUCCACCAGGAACUUCCCAGUCCCCCUUAGACCUGAGGAUUAGCAUCAGCACCUUCUGCAGAGCUUUCCCCUUUCACCUGAUGUUUGAUCCAAACAUGCUGAUUCUCCAGCUUGGAGAAGGUCUUAGGAAGCAGCUCAGAUGUGACACUCAUAAAACCCUGAAAUUCCAAGACUGCUUCGACAUAGUUUCUCCUAAAAUCAGUGCCACAUUUGAACGAGUUCUCCUGAGAUUAUCUACUCCUUUUGUCAUUCGGACCAAACUUGAGGAUUCUGACUCUGAAAAUAAAGAUAAGGUCAUGGAAAUUAAAGGACAAAUGAUUCAUGUGCCAGAAUCAAAUUCAAUUUUGUUCCUGGGUUCCCCCUGUGUGGACAAGCUGGAUGAACUGAUGGGCCGAGGCCUCCAUCUUUCAGACAUACCCAUCCAUGAUGCUACACGUGAUGUCAUAUUGGUUGGAGAGCAAGCAAAGGCACAGGAUGGCUUGAAAAAACGAAUGGAUAAGCUGAAGGCAACACUAGAAUGUACACACCAAGCCCUGGAAGAGGAGAAAAAGAAGACAGUAGAUCUCCUUAUUUCUAUUUUCCCUGAAGAAGUGGCUCAGCAGUUGUGGCAGGGGCAGCAGGUUCAGGCUAGGAAGUUUGAUGAUGUCACCAUGCUCUUCUCGGAUAUUGUUGGCUUCACUGCCAUCUGUGCACAGUGCACACCCAUGCAGGUCAUCAGCAUGCUGAACGAGCUCUACACGCGGUUUGACCAUCAGUGUGGAUACCUUGACAUCUAUAAGGUGGAAACAAUAGGUGAUGCAUACUGUGUUGCGGCAGGGCUCCAUAAGAAAAGCCUUAGUCAUGCUAAAGCCAUUGCCCUGAUGGCACUGAAGAUGAUGGAACUUUCAGAAGAGGUUCUCACUCCAGAUGGAAGCCCUAUUAAGAUGAGGAUAGGAAUUCACUCAGGAUCAGUGCUGGCUGGUGUCGUUGGUGUAAGAAUGCCACGCUAUUGUCUCUUUGGGAACAAUGUCACCCUUGCAAGCAAGUUUGAGUCAGGAAGUCACCCACGCCGCAUCAAUGUUAGUCCCACCACAUACCAGCUUUUGAAAAAAGAAGAGCAUUUUAUUUUUAUCCCUCGUUCCCGUGAAGAGCUUCCAGAAAACUUUCCAAAGGAAAUUCCUGGGAUCUGUUACUUCCUUGAGGUCAGAAGUGGUCAGAAGCCACCAAAACCUUCCGUCACGUCUGCCAGAGUGAGAAAAGUUUCUUACAACAUUGGAACCAUGUUCCUCCGGGAAACUAGCCUAUGAGGCCUGCUGCAGAUCAAGGACUCGUCAAAAAAGCACAAGCCCAGAACUGGGUCAUGACAGGGGAGUUGGAGGUUCUUUCUAUUUCGCUGCCUUGUCCUUAACAGGCAGUAAAAGCUCCAUGUAAUGUCAGGCAAUAAUAAUUUCAAAAGGUGGGUGGCUGCUGUCAGUAAAUAAAGUGGAGAUAGGGAAAAAGGUAUUAAACAAUGUACUUCCACUUCCAGAGGAAUUUCUUUCAUAAACUUCAGUCUGGCCCCUCUAUGGCAAACAAAACAAAACAAUGCCCCAACUCUCAAAUUAGAGGUUGGUUUUGUUUUGUGCAGAAAGGAUGAUGGUUCUCUGUAGAUUUGCACCAGCUAAGCAGAAUUGAGAGUCAGUUCUGAUUAUGCAUUCCUACAUUUAAUAUGUUCUUCAGUAAGGUAAUGAUGUUUUUUAACUUUAUGAACAAGCAUUUCAUACAUAUACUGUAGAGCUGUUGUAACCUUCCUGGCAGGAGGACUUAUGAUUCAAUACAAAAAUUGUAGGAAUUUUACCUAUUUUUAUACAUAUUUCACUUUCUGGAUAACUGCAUUCCACUUACUGUAAGCUGAGUGAUCUUACAUAGCUUUUCAGAAGAAGAUACUGUAUAUUUCAUACAUUUUACCUAUCAAACCUUAUUGUUAUAUAAGUGGGAAGAAGGCAUUUAUUGACUUUUUUGGCAA